AUGAUACAGAAUCAGCUUCCAUUCUUUGUACUUCAAGAAUUAUACCGUUUGAUUAUUUCAAAUCCUAGGAAAGGUGGUCUUGAAGAUAACAUCUCGCUCAUCGAUCUUACUUUGAAGUUUUUCGAUCCACUUCUUCCAAAAGACGAAAAUGAAAAUGUAGACCUAGACCCAGACCCGGAAGAGUAUCGUCACCUCCUUCACUUAUUCAGAAAGAACUUCAUUUCUCCGAUUAAGCGCAAAAAACCACUAAAGCCUCGAACAGGUAGUACCGCGACAAAACAUAUGAUUCAUCCUCAGUUAAGAACUCAAAGCACUCUCCUUAAGCAAGAAAGCCAUUUCAUACAGUGUGUUACAGAACUGAAAGAAGCAGGGAUUUCGCUGCUGGAGAAAUCAGAGAAGAGCAAUAUUGACAUAUUCGAUGUUGAAUAUGAAGAUGGAGUUUUGAAGAUCCCUACGCUGUUUAUCGAUGAUAACACUGUGCCUCUCUUUCUGAAUUUCAUAGCUUAUGAGCAGUGUGACAAAGAUGCAACUCCUUACUUUACCAACCACUUUGUGUUUUUUGAUAGAUUGGUGGAUUCGAUCAAAGAUGUUGAAGUUCUACACCGAGCGGGAAUCAUACGUCACGUUUUCGGGAGUGAAAAACGGGUAGCGUAUAUGAUUAGCAGGUUAUGCAGAGAGAUCGUUUAUAAUGUGGAUAAUUGUCAUUUAUCUGAACAAAUGAAGGGGAUAAAUGAAUGCUACAAGGCGUAUUACGCUAACAAAUGGUAUGUUUGGUGGACAAGCUUGGUUCGUGAUUACUUCAGUAGUCCCUGGACAGUUCUGUCUCUGUUUGCCGCUUUUAUUUUAUUAACCUUUACUGCUGGACAAACUUUUUAUGCUAUAUACGGUUAUUACAAACCAAGAAAUUAA